AUGGCACAGUUCGGAAAGCUGGUGGAAAAUGUUAUUGCUGUUCUUAGGUUGGCAAGCAAGCAAGCUCAGAAUGUUGAAGUCAACAAAGAGAAGUCAGAAGUGGAGGAACAGAGGAAGAUUGUGGACGAGAAACAGAAAGAACUGGACGAGCUGAAAGAGAAAAUGAAGGAGGCUUAUCUGAAGAUGAAAGAGGAGAAGGAAAAAGACAUGAAGACAAAACUAGAGAUGAGCGAGAUCCUGGAGCAGAAAAACCUAGAAAUCCAGGGAAAGACUGACGAACUGGUGGAAGAAAAGAAAAAAUUAAAAGAAGAGAAUAAAAGACUCCGGAACAAGAAAAAAGAAUUGGAGCAAGAAAAGACAGAAAUGGAGGUGAAGUAUGAGAAUCUGCAGAGCGAGAACCAAGAACUGAAGCAGCAGAAAACAGAAGAGAGAAAUAAAGAGCUGCAAGAAGACAAGACGAAGCUGCAGGAAGAGAGUCAAGACCUGGAGGUGAAGCAGCAAGAAAACGAGCAACAGAAGAAGCAGAAGAAGAAGAAGGUGGGCUGCUGGAGCUGGAUGUUCAGGAAGUCCUGAGGUGGACGAGGCUCAUGAGCUUCCUCUGACUCACCCCUUCCUCACCCUCCACCUCCCCAUCCUUUCUCCAUCUCAUCUUCACCUCUCCAUCCUCCCUCCAUCAUUCAAAAACACCUUCCUCACCUCUUCAACUUCACCCUAUCUUCUCUCUUCCUCACCCCAUCCCCCCCCAAAAAAUCCCUAAAAUUUUUUUUUAAAAACUCUAAAAAGAUAAAAAAAAAAACACUUCUAAAAAAAUAAAAAAAAUAUUUCUUCAUGUUUCAGCAUAUUCUCCAUGUUACUUAUGACCUCGGUUUAAUUACCAGCGUUACUUUUUACUGUUGUAUUCUUGCUGUAUUUUAAUUCACUUGUUUUAUUUCAGUGAUGUGGAUUAAAGCUUAUUUGCAGAUAUACUGAUGUCUGCAAAUAAAAGAAUGUCAAUUCUCAGCAAUAACAUAAAAAACAUUAAUCCACCAUGUUUUUCUCAGAAAACUCUGACCUCAUGUAUUAUAUGUGACUUUAUCUACUGUAUGUGAUUAUUAGCAGCUACUGCUAGGAAAAGUCUACAUUUUCUUGUAUUUUGUGGCAGUUUUGUUUACUUGUUGUCUCUUAAAUCUACAUUUGAUAGCAAAAAUGUAGAUUUCUGUAAUAUUUUGUGCUCACAAUUGAGUGAUUUUUAAAACACAGAAUCAAAAUCUAUAAAGCAGAACCAGAGAUAUCAUAUUUUUUUUCCUACUCAUCCUUCUUCUUUGUGAAAACCCAACACCUACAUUACCCACAAUGCAACAGUUUGCACAAUUUGAUGUGCAAAAUGUGUAAUAUUUCAACUUUGGGUGAAAUAUUUUAAUUACAUGUGCAAUAUUUGCCUUUCAUGUACAGCAUGGCAUUAUAAUGUGCAGUAUUUCCUUAUCUUAUGUAAUAUUUUACUAUUUUUUAGUAUUACUUCUUUCUUUUCUAUUUUUGCUGUAUGUAAAAAUACAGACUUUUGAUGAUGUUUUGACAGUUAUACAAAUAUGAUGUUAUAGGUCUU